CGCAGAAUAUGGAAAACUAAUGUUUACGUCACGGCCGCGUCACCAAAAAAUUUUAGUUGUAUCUUUUUCUUGGAGGUGUCUCGUUGUGGAAGAUUGAAUAUAGCAUAAUAAUGGAAAUUGUACAAGAAUUUUCCAAUCAAUAUAUUGUGUAUAUACCCGUAGCUUUAGUUAUAAUCGUGGCAAUUUUGGUAUUUACUUUUGGAUUUAAACCUGCUGUACAACCACCUUUUGACAAAUUAUCCUUAGAUGAUAGAAAGUCAGCUGGGAAAAAAAGGAAACUCAAGGAAAAGAAACUGACUGCUAAUGGUCAUAUCGCUAGUGGAGAUCAGAAAUCAGACAAGUCACCGUCAAAAGAAUCAAAAAAGUCACCACAAAAGGAACCUGCUGAACCAAAAUUGGAAAAAAAAGAAAAAAAACCAGAAAAGUCAAAUGAUAAAUCCAAGAAGCUGGAAACCAAGAAAAUCGAAGAAAGCAAAAACAAGAAGAACCUAAACAAAGCCCCAGAAAAGCCAGUAGAUUUUGAUGAUGGUAAUUGGGAAACAGUACCGCUUAAAGCUGAUAAGAAAAAGAAAGAGCAAUCUCCCAUUAAAAAAGAUAAAAAAGCAGCUAAAAAAGAAAAAGAUACUAAAGUAGAAAAGGCAGAAAUAGAAAAACUGGUUAAAGAUGCUGUGAACAAGGAACUAAGAGAAAAAGAAAAGGAAGUGAUAGCUGAAGAGAAAAAAGUAGAAGAACCUAUUAAGAUCGAAGUAGUUAUUAAUGUACAGGAAAAGAAAGAUAAAAAAAAGAAAGAAAAGAAGCCUAAAAAAGAAGAUGUCGAAAAACCUGUCCAAGAAGAAGUUAAAAUAAAACAGGAAGAUGUUAAGAAAGAAAUUAAAAAUGAAGUUAAGGAUGUAACUCCUCAAAAACCUCUAGUACCUGAAAAAAUUGAGGCACCUGUUAAUGUGGUCCCUCAAGAAACUGCUCCCGUUUUUGAUGAAUUAGGUGACACAUGGACUGAAUCCAAGGCAACUAAGAAAACAAGCAAGAAAAAAGCUCGCAGGGACAAUUAAAAUAGAUCAUCGAAGACUUAAAAACAAACUAUUUCAGCCUGUACACUAGAAUUUAAGAGUAACAGGUAAAUGUGAUCACAAAACCAGAAGCAUCUAGCUACGGGACUCAGAUCUCUAUAAUCAAUAUAAAAAGACUUGACUAUUGAUUACACUAAAUCUAUUUAGUUCAUAUAUGAUAGCCAUUGUUGAAAGUCUCUUUAAUUACAUCACUUUCAGUUUUUUGUUAAUAGUUUUUGGUAGAAUUUGUGAGAUAAUUCAUAUAUUUAUUAAUUAAAGGAAUUUAUAAGUAUUGAAUCAGACACAAAUAUUUUUUAAAUAUAGCUAAACCUGGCUACCAUAUGUGGAAUAAUUGCAGAGAAAUAUAAACCGUUUCACGAUUCCACUAUUCUAAUGAACUCUGAGGGUUUUUGACAUUUGAAAAAUUUGCCAGAUCAGUGUUAUGAAACUAUAUGUUUUUUGCUUAAAGUUUCUAAUGGGUUUUAAAUUAGUGAAUACCUGCAUAGAUUUGGAAAUAUUGUGUAUAGACAUGUGUGUAUUCAUAUAUCUUGUCAUAAGUACGAUUAAAAAUCACCAUUAUGCAUUCCCAGUACAAAAGAUUCUGUAUUUAUAAUAUUCCUUGUAAUUUUUCAAAAUUUGUUUUCCUGUAUUAAGUUUCAUUUGUUUUAUCAUUGUUUUUAUUUUUGUAUUUAGGAUAUUUUUGAUACAUUAAGUUUGCUCGCCUUUUUUAUGUAUAUUUUGUUAUAUUCACUUUAUUUUUUAUACUAUUUUGUUAAUAUAUCCAUUAGGGUGAUUCAUUCCCGAAAAAAGAUUAUUUUUUCGGUUCUCAAGUGAAAUAAUCUACAUACAGAAAAAAAAUUCAACAAGUUUGAGCUCUUAAUAGCAAUUUUAAUUAUAAAUAUAAAGUUUUGCUGUUUAGAAUGCAUAUAACAAAAAUUUUUGUAUCCAAAUUUAUAAUGCUUACUUUUUACAAUAUUACAAAUCAGUUUGAUGGAUCUUGUGGGGAAUUUUAAAAUUGACAUUAUGAGCUCAAACUUGGUGAAAUGUUUUUUUUAUAUGUAGAUCAAUAUUUUGUUUGAGCACCGAAUAAUGGUACAGAAAUGAAUCACCCUAAUAUCGAUCUAUAAUUAUUAUCUCCACUGCCAUUUUCUCCAUUCCUGUUUAUAUUUUCAAAAGAUUUUUCGUUACUAGGCAGAUUUUUCGAAAGCUAAUCAGUCUUGUGGAAGGUUGAUAACAUCUAUGAAAACAAAAUUAUUAUUUAUUUCGAAUCUUAUACCGAGACAUCGAAAAAUAACGUGAAUAGAUGUUUUUUUUUAUUAUUUUUAUGUUACUCUGCAAAAAAGGGUUGUAAUCAUAAUUGAGAGGUUAAGUCGCAGAUGUAUUUUUUUAAUAUAAGUAAUUUUUAGUAAUUAUUAGCCUAUUGUGUAAAGUUUGAUAUGUCAAAAAGAGCUUAUAAAACGGGAUUGCCAAAAAAUUUUACAUUUUCACUAUUAUUUUUAGUCUUUAUAUACGAUUUAUCUAAGAUAGUACCUGCUACUGUUUUUUUUAAUCAAACCAUUUAAAAGUUGAUUUUUUUUUUGUUGAAAUAUAUUUUAAGAUAAUUUUUAUUGUAAGGGUUGUUAUCUGUUGAAAAAUAACAUCUAAUAGUGUAUUAGAAAAAGAAAUUAUUUAAAUUAGUUAGUGAUGAAGUUUGUUUUACUCUGAGAGGACCUUUCUUAAAGAUAUUCAUUGUUUAAAAUGUUGUAUAAGAUAUAAUUUUCUCCAAAAUUUUGUUAUUUAAUGUUAUAUAGCAAUAAAUUGAAUAUAAUACACCCCUGUUUAUAAUACUUUUCAAAUUCCCUUAUUGGAAUGAUCUCUGUACAAAAUAUACAGAAACUGUAUAUUUUAAAAUUCUUUUCUUGAUAUCAAUGAUAGAUUAUCUUGAGUGAUCCAUUACCAGACCUGUUAAUUUAGUUGAUUUGAAAAAUUCAGAUCCAAUUUAUAUGAUUUGUUGUAUACCAUGGGGCCCAGCCUUAAUUUUUAUGUCGUUUCGUUAUUUUAUUAUUUAUUUUCCAAAAAUGGAAUAUUUUUUAGCAAUCCUCGUUACUUAAUUGUAGGUGCAGCAAAUAUAAGUGUCAACUAUAUGUAAUUCAGCAUUCCAAUGGUGAAAAGCCUUUAAAAUUUAAGUUAAGUUCAAAAAUGUUUAAUAGUGUAAACUGUGUGCCAAAAUUGAUUAAAUUAUUAGGGUGUCUGUCAAAGAAAAUAAAAUCAUAAUAAUAAAGGGAUUAAAUUUUAGCAGUUUGGUAUAAUGGGGGGACAUAGGUUCUCAUUUAUAAUAAAUUAUAUAGGACUUUAUGAACUUAUGAACCAGACACCCCGAUAGUCUGAUAGUGCAACAAUACAACUAAUUUAAAUCGAUAUUUUUGAAUCGUAAUUAAAUUAGAGCAAACAUAUGUUUUUAAUAAAGUUUAUUGUCUCAUAUGUCCAAAAAUUAUUGAAAAGACAAAUUAUGAUUCGAUUUAUUGAUCUAAUCAUUUUUGACGAACAACUGUGUUGUUUUGGUUUUUUUGUAUAUCAGGAACAAUUUUUGUUUGUUAAUUAAUAUUUUAUAUUUUUAAUAAAAUAAUUUUAGGUAAUGGUAUACUAAUUAUAUAAGUUACAGUUAAAGCCUGUUUUCAGUUGAUUUUAGUUUUGACUAGGGAAGACUAGUUCUAACAAACUUGGAUAAAGUCCCAGGUACAACUUUUCUCAGUUUCAUAAGAUGCUCCUGGAAAAAAUUUUGUGUUUCUAAUCGAGGUUUGUACAAAAAAAUGAUAUGCCAUGAAAAUUUAUUGUAAAAAUUCUGACUUUUUAGUGUUCUACUAGAAUAAAAUUUGAAAUGUAUAAAACCUAGUUUUAACACUAGAAAUAACUAGUUUUUACUAUAAGAACAAGUUUUAACAGAAAGGGUUCGUGAAAACUAUACUUUCCCUGUCAAAACUAGAAUUAACUGAAGACGGAUUUUAACUGUAACAUAUACAUUUCGGUUUUUUUUAUAUUUAAAUGUAUAGGUUCAGUAAUAAUUUUUUGUUUUCUAAACUUUGUAUUCUUUUCAAAGAAACACUAUAUUCACUAAAAAUCAAUUGCCUUAUAUUUGGCAAAUUAGCAAAACCUUAAUAAGUUUAAGAAUAUAUUUUUGCGAUAUAUGGAGAGUUUUUAGUAAAUUAUAUGUCUUCCACUUGUGUGUUUUAUAUAUAGAAAAUUAGUUUUGUAUUAUGUUUUUUCCAUUUUCUUUCUAUAUUCGCUUUUUACCUAAUUUUUUAGAUACAGUUGUACAAAUGGUCGUUCAGUUGAAGUCAAAAGUUCAAUAUUAACUAAAAAUCGAAUCGAAUGAAGUUAAAAUUGACAUUUGUAAAUUGGGAACAGUAAAUCCUCUUAUUAAUAUUGAAUUUGUAUCAUUUUUGGUUUUCCUUAAAUUACAAAUAAAAACUAAAUAACAACAAUCGAAAUUGACAAUAAUAUAGAUAAGAAAUGGGAAUAUGUCACAAUAUCUUAUGUAGGUUUGUUUUCAAUGUAACUUAAUACAUCAAACAAUAAGUCCCAGCAAUUUAAAAUGCUCAAAACGCUUUUCUAACCUUUCUGUUUAAUUUUUAUACAACAAUUUUCCUUUGGUCUCAAUAUAGGCUUUAUAUUUAGAUUCAUAUCUUUCCUUGUAACAUUUUUUUCAGCUCUAACAACAUCCAUUAUAUGCUGGUAGAUAGAUCUGGUGAAUAUGGUGGAUACGGGAACAAUUUAGGUUCAUUUUAUUGAAUUAGACCAUCGCUUUUAUCGAGUUAUGACACAAUGCAUUGUCAAUAUUCAUUAUUAUUUUUCUUUUUUCUAUCAAUGACAAUAUGUCAUUUUAACAUGCCUCAGAAGGCUUUUAUUGAGUCCAGAUUAGAAUAUGAAACCUAUAUAUAAAAAUACUUCUCUUUUAUCCACUUAUGCUGUUCAAUCAACAGCAGCAGUGCACUGAACCUGAAUAUCCGGUGAAUUUUUAGUUUAUUCAAAAAUUUAAAUCAAGCAGCUUGAAAUAGCCUAUUUAUUUAUGAAUGAGUUAUAAGCACCCUAACACCGUGUUAUAACAGUGACAAGUUCGUGAUUUUAAUUUUUUUUUUGUGGAAGGUAUUUGAACUGUUUUUUUUUACUGGAAACUAUUCUCCAAUUCAUUUCUGAGAGGGUGACAAGAUAAUAUUCCGCACCGGAUUCCACAAGAACUUGGUACGUUACUGAGUCCUGUCCAGUUAUGAGAUUACCAUUUUGAUUCAGAUCACAUAUUGGCUAAACGAAAUCCUUUUCACUUAUCUAAACAAAUCUAAAAAGAUAUUUUAUACUCUUUUAUUUAUAACAAUUUGAUUUUACGAUUUUUCUUCAUUAUUUUCAAGAUCUCUUUUAUAUUUUCUUGUGUAAUCCCUUCUUUUGGACGUCUUGAUCAUUGUGCAUAAUCAGUGUUUGUACAGUCAAGUUUAAACUCUGCAUAUCAGCAGAUGAUGGUUGAUUUUUUCAGAAAAAAGUCACGAUAAUACUUUUCAAGCCAAGUUUUUGCCCCAAAAGUCUUUUUUUUAUUGUUUCAAAAAAUUCACCUUGAUAAAUUUAAAGUUGUAAGGAAUGAGAUUGAUAUUUCAUAGCAUCUUCCAAAAGAUGUAAUUUGUGUAAAUCGAUAUAAAUCAAACCAUGGGCUUAUUGAUUGAUGGUAUAAACAUGCAUGUUGACCAAAAUGGCCAUUAGUUGUACAAGUGUAUCGUUAUUGUAAAUGAUCAGUGACGUUUAUUUUCAAAAAUGGUAUUUUGACGUUGACAUGUGUCUGAUAUUAAAGAUCAAUAUCCUGAUCAAGAAUAUCUCAAUAAACCAGAAGAUAAAUUAUAGUACCUAAGAGUUAAUACAACAUCGAACAGGAUUUAAUUAUCGUUACUAAUAAAUUUAUGUUGAAAACUUAAUUUGGAAAAAAUAAUAAAUAUAUUGUUUUUAAUUUAUUGUGUUGUUUUUUAAAGCAAAUAAAUUUUUCUGGUUUUUUGAGUGAGAUUUGAUUUGCAGUACCAGCUAUGAAUAUAAUGAAAUUUGUUGAAACUAAAAACUACAGUCUGAGCUCAAUCGCCAUGUGGUCCAUGAAAAUUUCGAGUUAUACAAAAAUAAAUAUGCUUACUGUUAUUUCCUGUGAAUGAAAACUUAUGUAUUAUUUUAUUAAAAUGAUACAACAAGCACGUUAAUAUAUAUAUAUAUAUAUAUAUAUAUAUAUAUAUAUAUAUAUAUAUAUAUAUAUAUAUAUAUAUAUAUAUAUACCUAUGAGCGUUUUCGUAUCGGAAAUCUGGCAAAAUUAAAGAUCAAAGUGUACUAACUCUAAUAUAUUUCGAGCUUUCGAAUACUUAUGUAUUCAUCGUCUGGGAAUGAAAUGACAAUGACGCUGUUUAUUUACAAAGCGCCGGGUAGAGAAACAACUCUUUAUUGGUAUAGAAUUUUAACAAAGGAAAUCAGUUCAGAAGUGUUUACAAUAAUAAAAAAGGGAAUAUGAGAUUGAUUGUAGAAGUACUAAAUAUUGUAACACGUCAUCAUUAACGUUAUGUCAAAAGCGCGGGAAAUUUUGUUUGGCUGCAUAACCUUUGUCGUUUUGUAUUUGCCGACUAAUCCCGCUCUCGCGCUGAUCGAUGGCUACUUGAUGAAAAUUCGUGGUAAUGGGGUGAAAUACUAACACUUGUGAUACCUGUAACGAUAAAUUUUGUACAUUCAAACACAGGAUACCAAAUUGACAUAUGUCAAUGUCAAAACAAUUAUAUUUGUAUAUCAUAGAGUUAAUAUUGAAGAUAGAGUGAUAUGUAAGUAUAAUUGUACUAUCAGAAGACAGAGAAAAAGUAUCGCUCUACCACUCUGUUUAUCUUUCUACUCACAUCUGAUUCAUUUGCCAUUCCCACUACUGAAAACUUCGACGUCAUGACAAUCUAAUUAGAAUAGAGGCUUUCUUUAUCUAUUAGCAGUUCUGUUCCACUUGAACAAAGUUCCCACCCCCGCUUUCUGUAUCUUUAAUAUUAACUCUACGUUAAAAGAUAUGUGAAGAAAAAACUAUUUGAUUCAAUUAUGGUUAUUUAGAAACAAGAUGGAUAGCUACCUCUUAUGGAAAAUACCACAAUUACUGCAGUAUAUAAGUCGUCAUCGUUUUGACUACAUUGAAAUUUUAAAGAAAAAAAGUCGGUAAAGCUGAAUUAGUGAAAUAUUCAUAGAAUCAAAACCCAUUAUAACCCUGUGCUAUUUCUAUAAAAUGAUUUAAUUUUAUAUUUGUGAACUCAUUCUUAGUAUCAAUGAUAUCCAAAUGUUUAUUGAUGAGACACUCAGUCUCGCCACAUAUCUGUGGAAGAAAAAAAAUUAGUGUCGCUAACAGAAAUUGUCCCAGGAUGGCCAACAACCAUACUGCAGUCACUUACUCAACAGGGAGCUAGCUAGAAAUCUAUUGUGUUCCUAUAUUUGUCGAUUAAAUGAGUAAAUUUAUUUCGUAGAUAAGAGAGACUGAUAAAGAAUCAGAAAAAGUAAGUUUAAAUCAAAAAGAGUUAAAGCGAAUGCGUAUAAUACGAAAUUAGAUCAAAGUAGUUUAUUUUAUGUUAGUAGAAAUUGCAAAAAGCAUUCUGUAUUGAAUAUAUACUUCAACUUAUUUUUUUCUUGAAAUCAGUUUAAAUUUUGGUACACGUUUGAUACUAGUUCUAAGGCCUAAAAUAUAUUUUUGUGUUGUCGUGUAGUUUUAUACGUAUGCGAAUAAUUUACAAAAAAUAUGGUUAUAAUCGAGAGACGAUAUUUUUCUAUCAUAAAAAGUUUUGAAUUACUAAAUUUUAUGCGGUAAAGUAGAAUAUGAACAAUUCAAAUACAAUGCGAAAUAAUACAUUUCUGUAGAAUAUAGAAUUAGAAGAUUACCAAUUCUGUAUUUUUCCCAAUUAUUUCACUAAUUGUUUUUUUCAUAUUUGGAAUUUCUGAGACUAAAAACUUAAUAUGUUUUUUCGAUAUCUAAUCUUUUCGCCUCGACUUUUUGACUUAACAAAAUCUACAUUCUUGGAACUUAAUGGUGGAAUGAUAACACAAAUUUUGAAAAACAAUCUUUUUUCAACAUUCUCAGAAAAACUCGCAUGGGACAUAUAUGUCCUAGGCUUCAACAAUGGGUUAUAUCGAAUCAAUACAUAUCUCGAUAAAUCGAGAAACAGCCCAAACUAUGUUACAUUAAACACUAGUAACUUUUGUUCUUUUUUCAUUUUGUGACAUAUUCGACGAGUUGCUUCUUCCUCUGGCAAGUGAUUGCCAACAUUUUGCAGCGAAAUUACAGAUUUACAUAGUCUGUCGUACAACCUACACCUUUUUACGAAAGCGCGGUGUCUACCACACCUUCUCCAUAAUUUUAUGCCUCGCUCUAUUGGUUUCAGUGGUAAAAAUUCGGAUCUUACUUUUACUUACUUAAUUUUACCUGGAUCUGACUGCUUUCCAGAAAUGUCUUUUUCAGCUAUGCAAAUGUCUGCUGAUUUUGAACUGAAAUAUGACGUGAAAAAAAAACUACAAAAAUCUGUCUCUAAAUUUCUUUGCUUCCAAUAAAUUUAUUAUCGGAUUAGUACAAUUACACUCUUUCAGAAGGAUCUGUUUCUUAAAUAUAUUUGGAACGCUUUUUGUUUGUUGAGUAUUGUCACGCGUUCAUUAGUAUUGUCUUCUUCUUUUUACAAUAGGCAUAACGCCUGUUCCUUCUGCGAUAUUUGUCUUCAUCCUCCAACUCUUUCGUGGUCGACCUCUACUCUGUGUUCUAAUUGAAGAUUUAUCCCUAACUAUAUUUAUCAGCCUAUCAUCUGUAAUUUGACUUGUAUGUUGAUCUCAUAGUUUUUUACGUUAUGGUACCCAUUCGCUAAUUUUAUCUACGUCGCACAAUUUUCUGAUAUCUUCUCUUCUUUUUCGGUUCAAUAGUGUUUUCCCCGAGAGAAUUUUCAUUUUUGUGGUCUACAAAAGUUGUUUCGUUUUUGAUAUUCCUGAUUUUGUUUUUGAUGUGAAAAUUUCUAGGGAAAAUUUUUAGGCAAUCAUUCAAUUCAUUACAAGAACGACAAGACAAGACAACAAUACAAUUUCAGAUACUGGCUCCAAUUUUUUCUAAAUUUUCAUUGCUGUCAACUUCUGUUUUCAUAUUUUCUUCAACAUUACCUGGCCUGGAUUCUCUUGAGGAAAGUUACUUUCAUCUAUGUCAGAUUAUGAAGCCAUAUCGAUGGUAAAAGAAGCAUGUUCGGAGCCACUAUCUUGGAAAAGGUCCCAAUUAUCUUCAGAUACAAUCUACAAAUGAUCAACAAUCUCUUGUAGCUCUCUUUCGUUUAAAAGACUAAUGGACGUGUUUCUCGUUCAUACCUUUUGAUUUUAUUUCCUUUUGGGAUAUAUGGAGCCCAUUAGAUGCGAAAGGAUUAUUAUAGUAAGUAUAUUUAGGACAAAAGUAGUAGUAGUACUGAGGAACUAAAGAAGUUUAGGUUUUUGAUUUCUGGAAUAAAUCGGACAAUCUAUAUAAGUAAAUACAGUUCGAGUUGAUUAUUUGGUAAUGAUUCGUAAUAUCAAUAAUUAUGAAUAAAUAUAUAAUUAAGAAGAGAUUCCGAAAAAUGAUGCUAGUUUAGCAGAUGACUAAGUAAACGAUAAAAUAUUCACAGCUUAUUAUUCAAAAUGGUGUAGAACAUUGAGAAAACUAAAAUAAUUUCUAAAUUGAGAACUAUACCAGAGACUGGCAUAAUUUUGAGCAUUUUUUGAUAGUAUGUCUUCUAAUUAAAUAAACUGCAAACAAUUAUCUCGAAAAGAAAAAGUAUUUUCAAUUUUACAUUUGAAAAUCAUUUAAUAAUAGUAUGGUGCAAAUAAUUUUUUGUAAUUAAUCUUUUGUUUGUUUCUUCUAUCUUGUCAAUUUUCUUUAAAUAAUGUGUUCUAACGAAUUAUCAAAUAUGUGUUAAUACGACUUGCAAUAAAAACAUAACCAAACUUUCAUGUUAGAAAAAUGUCGGAUUCUAAUAAUUGAAAAAAUCGGAUUUAGUAGCUAAUCUGGAAACGAAACAAACCGUACGUGUUUGAAUAAUUACUUUUAUGUAUAGAUAACAAAAUCAGGAAGAAUUUAAAAGCAAAACGAAACUUUAUUUUAUACUACAAGUUUGAAAUUUUUCCUGUUUUUGGGAAACCUACUGUGGUUAUGACACCCUGUAUAUUGUACAAUUGUAAAUAGACCUUGUGAUUGGUUUUUGAUAUUCGUAUUUUUAAUGUCGUGUUGAUGGGUGUUUUAUUAAAAUACAUACAGGGUGUAGUUAGAUAUACAAAUAGCUGUUUUUUCAUUAAUUUAUUAUAAUUUUUUAUUCUUAGUUUAGUUUAUUUUUGAUGGUGAGUUUAAAUAUUUUUGUUUGUUGAAAAAUAA